CCAUCAUCGAGCUGGGCCCAUUUUAACUGACCCGUCUAGCUUUCUCUACUAGAAGCUGUUUAUCUUCUCGCUUGUCUGUGCACUCUCCUCGAGGGCUUCCUUCAGCCGUUGCAGAAUGGAACUGCCCCUCAACCCUCAGCCUGGUCAAAAUACCUCAUGCGAACACGGGCGGACGUGCACCGCCUCAGCCUUGUCCGACCCUCCCAUUGCUGCCUGAUAAGUAGCCAUGACUGCGCUCCCGCGUUUCAUAUCUUCUUCUCUCUCCGCGUUCAUUCUAGGGCCUUCAAGAACCAUUGAAGUGACCUGGCACUCUUUCUGCAAUGAAUCUGCCCCAGAUCAAAGGCUCCAUCAAUACGAACACGGUGGAGUCUAAUAACGCCAUCGUCCAGAACCAGUUUAACGUCUGCCUCUUCAACCUGAGGGUCGAGCCUCCAAGCGAAUACCUGGAUGUUGGUCUAUUCCUUUCUCGUCGACGAAAGGACGAUGCCGACGACGGGCAGUCACAUCUCACCGCUGCUCAGCUGGGAAUACUAUUCGGCGGACUAGUUCCCAAGGUUCCGAAUCUCAUCCGGGCGUAUGGGUUGCGAUGUAGCGAAAUAGCGAACUCGCCAACCUUUAACCCUAAAGGCACCUCUCAACACGGUUUCUUCGCGAAUGAGAUCGGCGCGGAUGGUACAGCUGUGUGGGCCGCCGCCACUUCCGGAGAUUCUGCUAUUGCUGUGCACCUCCUUGGUUGCAUGCUCUCCAGGAUGUGGGAUCCUCCCGAAGCCAUCUCCAUCUGGAUGCAGUUGAUUGCCGAGCGCAAGCAAAUCCUUGCAUCUUCUGGAAAUCCGCUCGAAUAUGCGGCAGCCAAAAGCAUAUCUUUGACUAGGGAGCAAAUAGCAAGUUGGCACACCAGCAUCCAAGCUUGGCGUCGCACCGCGGACGAGGCCAAUGCGCGUCGGCAGAAUCAGCUUCUACUCAUCAUCAACAACUUAGGCAUACCCGUAAACACCAAACUGUGCCUUAUCGACAGUGUCGUUGAUGCUUGGAGAACAUCUAUGGUGACGGUUGACAGGCUGGUUUCCGGACAGCCUCAGAGCGUGCAAACAGGUGCCCCUCUGCUGGGACUUGCCGCUUGGCACCUUUACCCUAACAUGAUCAUCUUCGGUCACGGCAGGAGCUAUAGGGCCACGGAGGUUCUCCAGGAUGAUCCCCACAUUGAGCGGGGCGGGGUGCUUACACUCGGCAUUCAAGACAUCCGGCGAAGCGGCGACGGCAUCUACUGGUCUCUCCCGCUAGCAUAUCUCCGCUACUAUGGCCAGCCGGUGCAAACUGAAGCACGUUUGUCUUCGCGCACCUCGCGAGCUUCCUUCAACGAACUUGUCUACAUCGCGCUGGGAAGCUUGAUGCGACGUUGGCUUGCGGAUGCGAACGACAUCGAUUACGCUGCCAAGUUGCUCGUCAAGCUCAGCGAAUACAUCGAUAUCUCUGGUCGUCUUCGGAGAGAUGGAGCAUGGCUGUCUCUGAUAGCUUGCGCUGCCAGCGGGUUCCUAACUUCCGAACCUGAGGCCAAGGCGGAGAGGCUGCAGCUGAUCAAAUGCGGGCGCAGAAGAUUCCCUCUCUUUGUUGACGAUCCAGCAACGGAUACAAUCUUCGGUCUCUCGUCCCCGAAGACGUUGCUUCGCUUGUUACCUGGCAAUGCCGCCAAAGUCGCGCUCCUCAGACACGUCGCGCGGGAUUUUAGUGAUCACCGUACGCUGAUGGUCAUCCAGUGCAAAUGCGGAAACCCCAGGUCUCUGUGGGAGCUUGCAUCGGUCGAGCAAUUUGGAAGCAAGUCCAAACGAGCCCUUGAAGACCCGCCGGAGGACGGAUGCAACGCCCCUCGAAGAUACAUCAGGUGGUUAAACCGUAUGCACCGGGAUCUGGACCAGAACGACGUCCAGCCAGACUCAGAUUCGCUUCGACUAGAAGCGCCAAUUCCUUGGUUCUAUGCCCCCAACGGUUAUCACUGGCAAACUCCUCCCCAGGCCUUCUAUGCGACACUCCUUGAGGAAGAAUGUGGAAACUCUGACUGGCGAUGUGCCAAAGGAGUCACCAUCCGAAGCAUUCUCGCCUUCGGAGAUCCUGAUAUUGCAGCGCUUUACUGCAUUAGUAUUCACUAUUGGACAUCAUUCUCGCCCAACAUCGCGCCCAGACUCGUUGGAGGCCCCACAUACAGAUUGCUUCCAAACAUCUUUGUCAUCCGUCACGUGCUGCGCGCUCUAGAAGAGGAACUACCUAGCAGAGAGUUCCUCUUUGAAUACCUCGACGAAGGCAGAUUCUCGGGGAAAAUCUUGACUUCUCUCAAAGCUCUGCAGACCGCCUCAGUGCUAUACGGAGAGCUGCAUAACGCGACCGUAGAGCUCAAGGCGGCCGAGCAACCUUUACAUGAACAUCAAUGGAUACCCCAGGAUAACAGUGGUCAUCGCCACUAUCCCUUUGCGGGAUUCAAACUCAAUCGGGAACAGAUGUUUGCAUGCAUUUCUAAGUUCGAGUCCGGGACCUUCAACUUCCCUCCAUCGGCAAUGAAUGGCGUACUGGCUAUUUCGAGCGGAAAUUCCAUCUACGUUGCAAGCUGCCUGCUGCAAGACCCGUGCCAUCGGCGCCCAUCAAAGACUGUGGAGCGUGUUGUCGGGAACUUGGGCAAGACUGGAAUGGCCCUGCUUGUGUGCCCUGUUGUACCUCAAGUUCGAUCUCUUUCCGACGAUGUACGGCUGGUCAAUCAUCAUCCGUUCGAUGGGAGUGAAGAGGAUUCCUUCCGCGAUACCGGCCUGCAUCUUUCUUAUACUGAAUGGCAACUCCCCAUUGAUGUCGGCGCACGAGGCAAACGAGAUGUGGAAGCUUAUUAUAUCGAAGCUGCCAUUGGAGUCUACGACCGCGGCAAGUGGGUCGCAGAUCUUAACAUUCUGGACGUAUUCAGGCAUCGGCUUUCUCAGAUCAUCCCAGUGUGCACGCAGCACCACGAACGGCCCGCACCGAUAGAGGAGACCUCCAAGUUCGUUACGAUCGACAGUUGGGAAGAACUCCUAGAUAGCCCAACAGAGAUUGGCGUAGUCCGCGCACGAGGCAAUUGGCAAGCGAGGCUUGCGGCAGCCGCGCUCUCCAUUCAGCAAGGACACGAGACGCGAGUUGUUCCGGAAAAGACUUGCUGGUCCUGCUGUCUCGCUCUUGAGAAGAUUUCACCGGACUCGAAGAAGGAGGAGGAAACCCAUGGCUACGACGGCGAUAUGUUUGGAAGCGUGCCUUUCGAUUCGGACGGGAAUGGCUCGGACAGUGACACGGACGAGAUUGUUGACAUGGCCGCCAGAAAGCGCAGCUGUAAAGGGCAUGUGCGAGAAUCUAGCGAUGCUGACCGGGUUAGGAACAGUCAGAGCCUCAACCGGAACAUAGUGUACAUUCUUUGAAGGACUCCAGGCUUGGUAUACCAGCAACGACUGAUAUAUCCGCGAGCAGAUUCUUCUAAUAAACGUACUUCUAUCGGCUUCUAG